ACUCCAGGUCAGCAGGGCGUUGAUAAGGCGGCUAUAAUUUUAUCUCUGGCCAUGUCUAGUUAGUACUCAGUCAACAUGGACGUUGUUCUCCGCUGUCUUGGGUUGGUACUCACGACACUUGUAGCGUUCACUGUCGGCUCUGCUACCACUGCAACAACCUCUACAUCACAAGAGACACAAUGUUGCAAGAUUAACUCCGACUGCCCCCAGACGAGGAGGUGUUUGGACGAAAAAUGUUCAGAUCCUUGUCCGGGGAAAUGUGGAAAAAAUACGAUAUGUGAAGUGGUACAUCAUCAGCCGUUCUGUCUCUGCAAGGAUGGCUACACGGGGUGUCCUUACACAGGGUGUCAUCCUUCUGGUAACAUUAUAUCUGUUACUCAGCAAUAUAGUGUACAAACGCUGAAGUACGAACAAACAUGUCUGUACAUUCCCCGUAUAUGAGGAGGCUGUUUGAAACGUUUGUACACUAUAUUGCUGAGUAACAGAUAUAAUGUUACCAGAAGGAUGACACCCUGUGUAAGGACACCCCGUGUAGCCAUCCUUGCAGAGACAGAACGGCUGAUGAUGUACCACUUCACAUAUCGUAUUUUUUCCACAUUUCCCCGGACAAGGAUCUGAACAUUUUUCGUCCAAACACCUCCUCGUCUGGGGGCAGUCGGAGUUAAUCUUGCAACAUUGUGUCUCUGUAAAGAAAAUGUGUUUAAAAUAUUGCUUCGCCCUUCUUUAACAGAAUAACGUUAAUUCUAAUUAACUUACUUUACAAUUAGCGAUUCAAACGUUGAAAAUGAAAACACUUAACGUUUAGCAUCUAUCAAACUUUAUUUUCUACAUUUUACAUAUUAUUAUUGCUAAUGAAAAUUCCUUUUUAUCUGUAUCUGUCCUCCAUGUUUAACCGAAGCUGAAACCUCAAAUUUGAGAUAAAUACCAUUUCUUAUACAAGAUCCUCCAAAUGUACUUAUAUAGUUGUAUAACCAAAGUUACACAAUUGUUAUAUUUAUUACUUUGUGUAUGUGAAAACUGCUCGCUUGUGUGAAAGAAUACAAAAGUCAAUUUUUAAACUAAACAAUAUCACACAUCAUAUAGUAGUUAUUGUUCUAUUAACAACCGACUAUAAUAGUUCAAAUAAUUGGAUUAAUAUUAGUUGAUAGACAUUCGAUUAGGAUUGAAUCAGCCAAAAAUAAAACCACUUCCGUAUUCGACCAUUAAUUCGACCAGCUUAUAAAACUAUAAUAAUACUAAUUACCGUUUCAUAUAUAGUAAUCUACUUAAUAAUAAAGUAACUACAAAUAGAUAAUCAAUAAAGGCAGUUAUUACAAGAUUUAAAACAAUUUAUUACAUUAAAUUAAUAAAUAUUAAUCAUUAAAUA